GAAUUAGGCACACAAAUAUGGCCUCGCUUCAUCAAUUGAUUUUAUCAAUUUCUUUGAUUCUAGCAAUAUUUUUCUCAGGGCAAAGAACAUCGGAGUCGGCUAGAGUAUUCACCAUAGUUAACUAUUGCAAGGAGACGCUGUGGCCAGCAGUUACACCUGGAGAUGUCUUCAACGGAGGAGGCUUUGUUCUAAAACCAGGCCAAUCCAGGGUGUUCACGGCUCCCGUCGGAUGGAGCGGUAGGAUUUGGGCUCGAACUGGCUGCAACUUCGACACGAAUGGAAACGGUAAGUGCCUAACAGGAGCGUGCGGCGACACUCUGAAAUGCUCGGCUUCCGGGAAAACCCCUGCUUCAUUAGCAGAAUUCACACUAGCAGCAGUGGACUUCUACGAUGUCAGCCUUGUCGACGGUUUCAACGUGCCAAUAUCGGUUAAGCCGAUCAAUGGAAAGGGAAACUGCUCGACAGCAGGGUGUGACUCCGACCUUCGAUCCGAUUGCCCCAAAGAACUUUCCCUGAAGGCGAACGGAAAGAUAGUCGGCUGCCGGAGUGCGUGUGAUGUGUUCAAUGCUGAUGAGUAUUGCUGCAGAGGGAACUAUGGGAACCCAGUUACUUGCAAGCCUACGUAUUAUUCAAAGAUUUUCAAGAAAGCGUGCCCUACUUCUUAUAGUUAUGCUUAUGAUGAUCCAACUAGUAUCUUCACUUGCUCUGGGACUGAUUAUGUUAUAGCCUUCUGCUCUUCCAGGAAACGAAAUGUAUGCACGUAUCAUAAUAACCAACUUCACUGCAGUGGAUCACAAGGCUUAAAAUCAUUAAUUGAAAGAUGGGGAAUAAUAGUUCUAACAGUAUUUUCAGUGUUUGGUCCAUUGAUUAUAUUCUAGACCGCGCCUUAGUCCAAAAUUCAAAUUCAUUUGACAUACAAAGAAUUUCAACUUUCAAGGGCUUGUGUAUGUGUGGAACCAGCUGGGAAUUUAAUUUUUUGUUUACUUUUUUUUUUCUUAUCUUUACUUUUGGAGGAGGUUGGCGAAAAGAGUGUAUGUAUAGAAGUUGUGGACAUGUUUAUUCCUCUUGUCUACUAGAAGCUAAUUAAGCUGUUGAAGCAUAUUCUUUUCCUUCAAUUUAAGUAAAGAGGGUGA